CACUGGAGGAGGCAGUAAUUGAGACGCAUCCAAUGCAAAACACAAACUGACGAAUUUUGAUGUGGAUUUUUGUUGUUGUUAUAUAAUUUAGAUUGACGCACCAGUAUAUCAAUCGACUCUAGGGGAUUCUUACAUGCGGGACUUUUAAUUAGAACAUUUCCGAAAUUCCCCUGAUACGGAAGUACUUUUUUAGUGUUGCUGACGAGACGCUGAUAUAGUAUUUCUGAACUGGAGCUUGUGUACAUAGCCAACAAACAAGUUUUGAAAGUGAUAACAGUAGCUACUGUCUUUUAAACCACCUAAAUAUAUGUGCCACGGAAGUAGGUAUUGUAAAUGCACAGCUACAGCUCAUUUCUUGUUAAUUUCAUACUUUCAGCUUGCUAACGGAAGCUAUGCUUCAUAGUUAGCUAGCCAGUUUAGCUGUACUAUUUGUCUAGCGUGGUAAAGUUAGCUAACGUUAUCUAGACAAACUAAAUUACUAUGUCAGCUGUACCGUUUAUUAGACAAGCACAUAUGUAGCCAACCAUAUUUGCUGUUAGCUAGCUACUUCGUAAAGGUUAGUAGCUAGUUAUGUAACGUUAGUUAGCUAGUAAUAUGUUCGGUCAUUAACAACACCUCCAACAGCAGCAACGUAUUUGGCAGCUGCAACAACAUCUCCAACAACGGCAGCAGCUGCAAACAACCCAACUCAUGCCAUCCCAACUUCCACAUCAGCACCAGAUGAACCGGCAGAAACUCAAACGGGAUGUACCCGUGACUAGAACCAUUCAACGCUGGUCUGACCAAUCAGAAUCCACGCUUCAAGAUUGUUUUGAUCACGUGGACUGGAAAUGUUCCGGGCAGCCUCAGAAUAACAUCGAUCUAUACACUGACUUGACCACCACCACCUAGCAUGAUCUACCUCUGCCCAGUUCCCCGGGCCUCUCUCCUUGCCACCAACCCCAUGCUGCAAGGGGCACUGCUCAUGCAACAACCGAUGCGAGGUAACAUGCGAGGCUUGGCCAUGGGUAGUGGGCUACCCUUUACUUCAUUUUUGUCAGAGGGGACAAGGCAAUCUCUCCUUGGACCAGCUCCAAUCCCCCAAGUGGGAUUGUCCUCAUCAGGACCCAAUCAUUCCCUUACACACUUUUUAAACAAGGACAUUAGUGUUAGGAAGAGGAAGAAGGAACAGACAGGAAGUGCUGGGGGCCAGCUGAGCUCCAGUAGUGCAGAGGGGCCCGGGGAGAGGGAUGAUAGGACUACCAAUACAGAGAUGCAGGAAGCGGAAUCAGUUGGACAAUUCUUUGCAAAGCAACAGGUGCCUGAGAUGAAGAAGCAGAAGAUGAAUGGGUCAGAAGAGCCUGUGAAUAUACAAAUUGGACAAGAGGCAGUCCAGAAGUAUGAUAAAAAAAUGUCAACAGAUGUAUCUCAGCCUGUAGAUAUCUCUGCUCUCGAGUAUAGAGGAGGAAGCACUUCCAUUGAAGUGGCGGAGGAAUGUUGCGAAGAAAGUAUAACAGCUGACCAUGUUCUGGGGGUAGGCACAUCCCUGAAAGUCACCAUCCAGCAGAGCAGCGAGAGCCGGGCAUUCAGCACAGGCCUAGAGGAGUUGGCUGCAGCAACAGCCACGGGGACCCCCUGUGGUGUAGAGGGACAAGGUGAGGACAGUGGAGCUGCGACUGACAGCCACUACUGCUACAUCUGCAGCAACCCCUACCACAACCAGCAGAAUUUCCAGAACCAUAUGAACGGAUUGGAACAUCAACAGCGUAUGAUGGAGAUUCAGCAAGUGAGCAAUGCCUGUCUGGUCAAUCUAUUACCACGGGUCGGCGACUCCCUACAGGGCACACACAAAGCUGGGGGCAAAAAGCCAGCAGGGGUGCAGCGCUGGUGUGCAACCUGCCAAACACACUUUACCGGCGAACUCAUCGAGCACCGGAGAACCAAGGAGCACAAGCUAUCAAAGCAGUCCUCACGUCCCUUCUGCACCGUCUGCAAUCGCCAGUUCAGGACGCCACGGAAGUUUGUGGAGCACAUGAAGUCCCGAGAACACAAGCAGAAGGUGGAGGAGCUCCGGGAGGAAGGAGAGCCAGAGGUUAUUGAGGAACUCAUCACUGUGGAUGCAGUGGGAUGUUUUGAGGGAGAAGAGGACUUUGAGGAGGAGACCCACAAGGAUGAGGAUAGCAGGGGAUCGCAGCCCGGUCAAAGAGCCGUCCCGCUAGAGCAUGUGGGGGACUACGAAGCGUUUGAUUCCGAAACACAAUACGGUUCAAGCUUUGUUGUCCCAGUGGCUGGUUUCCUCUGCAGACUGUGCCAUAAGUUCUUCUAUUUCGAGUCCACGGCCAGGCACUUUCACUGCAAGUCCCUCAUACACUUCCAGAACUUACAGAAGUACAAAGCCUUGAAGAAUCAAAAGAGCUCCGCUGCGGAGGACACCGAGAAGACAAGGACAUGCAGCCGAACAGUGGGGGACUCCCCUGACCUGAGAGAAUACAAGGUGGUUAUCCAAAUGGAUAAUGACUGUACAAAAGACUGCAACAUGGCUAGGAACAACACACAUCUCUGUGGUACCUCCUCUACCACAAUCAAGAUGCAUCCUGUUGUCUCUACUCAGGACAAGGCAGAGCAGGACAGUAUCUCCACUGCCACUCAGCAGGUCUCAGAACAGCUGGACUCAGACUCUGUAUUGCCAAAUACCGCAGUCGCUGUCCAUAGGCCGUGCUGCUGUGCCACCCAGCCUCCUUCUGGCUCAAGCUGUGGAUUGGAGAACACGGUGAAGCUGUCUCCAUGCCAAAGCUGCCAAAGGUCCCAACCAAGCCUCCAGGAGUAUGGGCAUGUUGUGACUGGAGAAAAAUGUUCCUGCAGAGGUGGAUGUGCUCUUGCUUUUCCUGCAGGGCAGCAGGACACAAACAUGAGCAUGCCUCAAACUGCAAGCGAGCCACCACGAGGCAGCCUCUUGGAAAGAGAGCAUCUGCAGCAGGAGAGCUCCACACUGUUGAUGCCACAUAUACUCGAACUGGACGAGGACAAAGAACUAGUCAACAGAGAGGAAGUGGAACUAAAGGAGUCAGCUGGGAGGAUGCCAGGAAAGUCAAGGACCACAUCGAAAAGAAUGGCCUCCAAAACGAAAUCCACAAGGACAACCCACACAAAAACAUGAGCGCAGAACCCAGGAAAUUAACACAAACUAAUCCUCACAAGUCGUUAAUGAUGAGAUAUCUACACAUUGGGUGUGUGUGAGAGAUUGAAUGAGUCACCCAAUAUACGAUUUCAGACAAAUCCUGUUUGGUUACAGUAAAGUAGGCCUAGUUUAGUUUGAAUAGAAUAUACAGUUUGUGUUACUAUUUUAUUAAGUGAUACCAUUCACAGUAUUGCAAGGUAUCUCCAAUCACAGUGAGUGAGGCCAUAUUAUGUUGUUUUCUUUAACGUCUCUAGGGGGUGUGGGACGGUAGCGUCCCACCUGGCCAACAUCCGGUGAAAUUGCAGAGCGCCAAAUUCAAAUUAAAUUACUAUAAAUAUUUAACUUUCA